GUUAUAUAGUCAGAUGAAGCAAAACAAUUUGCUUUUUUAUCAGCAAACACUUAAGAAGGGUUUGGUGCACACAGGGGUAAAAAGUACCCCAUGUGUAGAUUCGAUUUAUAUUUCUAUUUUAAACAUUCAUCAUACAUGGCGGGCUUUCGCGUUAAUCACGGAGCAUCAUGUGCUCAACCGCACUGAACUCACGACAACUUUUUCUAAAGUAUAAAAUAACAGCUUAAAACACAUACAACUUGUUCGUAUUACUUUAAACAGUGUUCAUACUUAAACCGAAAGUGUGUUUUGUGCAUUUUACUUUGCAGUUACCUGGAUAGAAGUAAAAGAAAACAGUUUGAUAGUUUGGUGCACAGGCGCGCACCAAACUAGCGUGCGAUGACGUCAUGACGCAGUUGAGACUGUUUGUGUUGCUUACAGCAGUGGUCUGCUGUUAUGCCUGUACAUUAAGAAUGGAUGGCCUUCAAGAUACCACUGACAGUCCAGAUUGUUCUGACUCUGAUGGAAAUCUCCAUGAAUUUGACUCUGAAUGGCAGACCGAAUCUGAAAUGUGUGUCUGUGCACACAUAGGAAUCAUCUGUUGUCCCAGGUUUGGCAACACCUUCUUACCUGAUCCCAUCCCUGAAUCCACCCCUAAAAUCUACUACGAUGACUUUGGAGCUUUCACUGAGAAUGACAUCGGAGAGCCUUAAAGAACCAUCCAUUGAUGAAGAGCCUGCUACACCUGAAGUUUCCAAUCAGCCAGAUUCCUCAGACUCACCUGAAGUCAUUACUGAUGACUCUCAUGAGUCAGCUGAGGACCGUGAAUAAUCCUCUCGCAUAAAUGUAUUUUUUCACUUAAAUAUAUUUUACAGGCUUCACCCUGAAUGAGCCAAUGUAUAAAGCAGGCUGUCAAAUAAAAUAAACAUACCUGUGCAUGC